AUGGCGGCUAAUGUUUCUGCUGGAAACAUUCAUGAUUUCUAUCUUGCCGGGCAGCUUUACAGAGGACAAGGUUACCGUCAAGACUCAUGGAGUUCUGGUUUUUCUUUCAGGGCAAAUCCAUUCAAAGAGCUCUCUUGGUCGAGUGGUGUAUCUAAGGCUCUAAAGGCUGAGAGAUGUGGUUGUUACUCUCGCGGUGUUUCCGCCAUUGAUGAGAGCUCGAAGCUUUGUACAAGUAUCAGGGCAGUUUCGGUAUCGUCUUCAACAAAGUAUUAUGAUUUCACUGUGAUUGGUAGUGGAGUGGCGGGUCUGCGUUAUGCUUUAGAAGUUGCAAAGCAAGGCACAGUUGCAGUGAUCACAAAAGAUGAGCCUCACGAGAGUAACACAAACUAUGCUCAAGGUGGUGUUAGUGCAGUCUUAUGCCCUUUGGAUUCUGUAGAAAGUCAUAUGCACGACACAAUGGUCGCCGGUGCUCAUCUUUGUGAUGAAGAAACUGUAAGAGUUGUGUGUACAGAAGGGCCUGAAAGGAUACGCGAGCUGAUUGCAAUGGGAGCAUCAUUUGAUCACGGCGAGGAUGGGAACUUGCAUUUGGCAAGAGAAGGUGGUCACUCGCAUCAUAGGAUCGUUCAUGCAGCUGAUAUGACAGGAAGAGAGAUUGAGAGAGCUUUACUUGAAGCCGUACUCAAUGAUCCAAACAUAUCUGUCUUCAAACACCAUUUUGCAAUCGAUCUGCUCACUUCUCAGGAUGGUUUGAACACAGCUUGUCAUGGUGUUGACACUUUGAAUAUCAAAACAAAUGAGGUAGUACGUUUUCUAUCGAAGGUGACAUUGCUUGCUUCGGGUGGAGCUGGACAUAUCUACCCAUCAACCACAAAUCCUCUGGUGGCUACUGGAGAUGGCAUGGCUAUGGCUCAUCGAGCUCAAGCUGUGAUUUCAAAUAUGGAAUUUGUGCAGUUUCAUCCAACUGCUUUAGCCGAUGAAGGUCUUCCCAUCAAACCAAAAACCGCUAGAGAAAACGCGUUCCUCAUCACUGAGGCCGUGAGAGGCGACGGUGGCAUCCUCUACAAUCUAGGAAUGGAGCGGUUCAUGCCGGUUUACGAUGACCGAGCUGAGCUUGCUCCAAGAGAUGUGGUUGCAAGAAGCAUCGAUGAUCAGCUCAAGAAACGGAAUGAAAAGUAUGUGUUACUUGACAUAAGCCAUAAGCCGAGAGAAAAGAUUCUUGCCCAUUUCCCGAACAUAGCUUCCGAAUGUCUUAAAAACGGUUUGGAUAUUACCCGUCAGCCUAUCCCGGUUGUGCCUGCAGCUCAUUACAUGUGUGGAGGAGUUCGUGCUGGUUUACAAGGCGAAACGAAUGUCCUUGGAUUGUUUGUAGCAGGUGAAGUAGCGUGUACCGGUCUUCACGGAGCAAACCGGCUCGCUAGUAACUCGCUAUUAGAAGCUCUGGUUUUCGCGAGACGGGCUGUUCAUCCUUCGACUGAGCUCAUGAAACGCACAAGACUUGAUCUAAGCGCAUCAGAGAAAUGGACAAGGCCAGUUGUUGCAACAGUUAGAUCGCUAGGAGACGAAGUAAUAUCGAAGAUUCUAGCUUUGACUAAAGAGGUGAGAAGAGAGCUACAGGCAGUGAUGUGGAAGUAUGUUGGUAUUGUCAGAUCGACCACUCGGCUCAAUACAGCCGAGAGGAAAAUUGCAGAGCUAGAGGCGAAAUGGGAAACGUUUUUGUUCGAACAUGGAUGGGAACAGACAGUGGUAGCUCUUGAAGCUUGUGAGAUGAGAAAUUUGUUUUGUUGUGCUAAGCUUGUUGUGAGCAGCGCAUUAGCCAGACACGAAAGCCGUGGUCUUCAUUACAUGACAGACUUUCCUUAUGUGGAAGAAAGCAAGCGGAUUCCGACAAUUAUCCUCCCGUCUUCUCCUACAACAGCUAGCUGGAGCUCAAGACAGUUACAGGUUAUGAGCAGCAGCUCACUUGUCGACUGUUAAAACGGCAUACUCAGUAUCUAUAUAUAGGAUCGUCACCAGGAGGAUAAAGAGAAGAAUUGCAAACUUCUCCAUCAGAAUAAACUGCAGUCAAAGAGUAGAAAUCAUUAGAAGAAGAACUCGAGAAUGGAGAGACUUAUUUUCAGAAUAAGCACUCACCAUGAGUCGAUUUUAUUUUUCUUGAAUGAAGAAAAUUGAAAGUUACUCUCAUCUAUUCUGGAAGCGUCGGAGGAGUCUCAGUACCUAAAGGAUGUUUUUUUUUUAAAUUAUUAUUAUUGCUUUAAGUCGGUUAAUAACAAAGUUCAGUCAAGAGACGCGCGUAAUCCCUUCUUGGAUCUUUCGGAACAAAAUCAUGAUGAUUAGGAAUCUUCUUUUCCUGCUACUUGUGUUCUUCCUUGUAAAAUCUUGUAACGGAGAAGAAGAAGAUCGGGCUGAGACCUGCGAAGCAUUGGAAAUCCCCGCUCACAUCGGAAAUGUCACCGCCGGUUACGGCUUUAUUCCGCCGGUUAAAACUUCAGCGUCAAAAACCGAAACCGAAAGAUGCAACUCCCUUCUGUCGACGAGCGUGAGUUGAAAUUUCCUUUCAAGAUUAAAGAUUCAAUAAUAGGUUGUGCGUAUGCCCUACAUGAUUUUAGGGAAAACGUUAGUGAACAAACAGUGGUGCUUUUUACUUUUGUAAUCAUAUUACUACGCUACCUCUACCUGGAACAAGAACAGUAGUCGAUCUCUACUUUUGGGUUAGAAUACAUUUCGGUGUAAGAUGAUAAGACUUUGUAUGAUAGAUUUAUCUUAGUUGAAAGAAAUAUUUCUUG